UGUGUGUGUGUGUGAGUUCCUGUUCCCUCCUGUCUGGUGGAGGAGGGGUGAAGGGUUGAGUAACUCGUCCGACUCGGCCUCUCUCUCUCAUUUAAGCGCGUCUCUCUUCGAGUGUGUGUGAGAGUGUGUGUGUCGGAUGGUAUCCCCCCGUGCCAGCUCUGGACGCCCCCCGGAGGAGUGUGUGUGUGUGAGUGUGUGAUCGGUGAUGGAGCGUCCGGUGUUCAGCGUGUUGAGCUGGGUGGUGCUGGUGGUGCUGGUGGAGCAGCUGGGAGCGGCGUGGCUGCCGGGGACGCUGAGGGUGAAUGAGAAAGGUGUACUGCUUUUUCCUCAGCUGUGUAAGUUCUGUGAUGUUUUACCCAGUGACUGUAACUCCAGCAGCACCACCUGCCAAGCAGGCUGUGAUAUCACCUCUAUCUGUGAAAGCGUAGAGGAGGUGUGUGUAAGUGUGUGGCACACAGAUGGAGGAAAUGUAACCGUGGAGACGUUGUGUCAUAACCCCGCACGGCCCAUUUACGGUGUUCUGCUGGACGACUAUAAUAACACACAGUGUUUAAUGAAGCAGUAUAAAGGUCUGGGGCCGGAUUACUACAUGUGUUCCUGUAAUAAUGAAGAGUGUAACGAGAACCUCAUCUUCAUACCAGGCCUGGAGACGCCUAAAGAACCUUUUGAUUAUUUUAAAAAAGUUCUGAUCAGCCUGGUAGCGGUUCUGGUUCUGGCCUUAGUGAUCAUUGCUUUAGUCUACUUGCUGUGGAUAAACUCGAUACGCCAGCGACCGCUGAAGUCCAAGCACCCCGGCCACGGCUCCGGCGACACUCGCGCCAUCCUUCACGACGUGGACAACUCCGAAAACAGCCUGAACCACAACACGGAGCUGCUGCCCAUCCAGCUGGACGGUGUGGUGGGCAAGGGGCGGUUCGCCGAGGUUCACCGCGCUAAACUCACCAAUGCCAGCGUUGGCGGCACCAACGUGCCAUUCCAGAUGGUGGCAGUCAAGAUUUUCCCAGGCGUGGAAUUCGCCUCUUGGAAAACGGAGCACCAGAUCUUUCUGGACGCUGAGCUGCGGCACGAGAACGUGCUGCACUUCCUCACCGCGGAGGAACGCCGGACCGAAAAUCAGUACUGGCUAAUUACAGCUUAUCACCCCAAGGGCAACCUGCAGGACUACCUGAGAAACCACCUGCUGACCUGGGAGCAGAUGCACAGGUUGGGUUCUUCACUCACCCGAGGGGUUGCUCACCUGCACAGUGAUCAGACGCCCUGCGGCCGACCGAAAGUGGCCAUCGCCCACCGGGACCUGAAGAGCACCAAUGUUCUGGUGAAGGACGACCUGACCUGCUGCCUCUGUGACUUCGGCCUCAGCCUCAGAUUGGACAGCACCAUGUCCGUCGAUGAGCUCGCCAACAGCGGACAGGUGGGCACAGCCAGGUAUAUGGCGCCAGAGGUGCUGGAGUCCAGAAUCAACCUGGAGAACAUCGAGUCCUUCAAGCAGAUGGACGUGUACGCCAUGGCGCUGGUGCUGUGGGAGAUCGUGUCCAGAUGUAUCGCCAUUGGAGAUGUAAAGGAGUAUGAGCUGCCGUUCGGGAAGCUGAGGGAUCACCCGUGUGUGGAGAGCAUGAAGGACAGCGUGAUCAGAGACAGAGAACGACCUGAGAUCCCCAGCAGCUGGACCAAUCACCCGGGUAUAAAUACGUUGUGUGGUACUAUAGUGGAGUGUUGGGAUCAGGACCCCGAGGCUCGGCUCACCGCUCACUGUGUGUCAGAGCGUUUUAAUGAUCUGCAGGAUCUGGAUCAGAACUCCCUGAACUUCAGUCCAGAACAGAAGAUCCAGAACGACUGAAGUCCGUACAGACCGGAUCUCCAAACUCCUGCACUUUACAGCCUCACCUCUGCUCCGAAUCUCCAAAUCCAAAUCUAAUUUACACAGAUUUCCCUUCAUUACAUACGUUAUUAAUCAGCUGAGUCACGUUCAGAGCCUGAAAACUGCUGUCUUUAAUCUUAAACUGGGGAUUUAAUACAGUAACAAGGAAAAUCGAGAUAAAUCUAAUGAAAAAUGUCUAUUUUAGGGACUAUUUCUUGACCAACGACACCCUGCAUAUAACCUUCCACCACUGCUUUAAUCUUAAAACUGGCACCUUAAAAGCUUAGUUCACAAAACGCUGAUUAAAUAUACCCUUUAAGACUACCCUUAUAAAGGGUUUAUAAAUGUUUUAUAAUCUAGAUUUUUCAUUAUUAUUAAUUAGGUUGUAAAUGUCUUAAAAACCUUUGAUAAGCAGUUACAACACAUCAAUUAAAAACAUUAUUUAAUUCAACGUAGUCAUUUAAUUUAUAGUGAAGAGUUAAACAUAAUUACAAAUAUUCAAUAUUAAUAUGACAGAUUUAAUUCUGAUUGAUUGAAAUUGACAGAAUAAAUAAAUGAGUGUGGAGUAACUUUUUUGUGCAAAUCAGCUCACUGUUGCCAUUUUUACUUGUGUUGUUAUAUAUUUAUUAACUGCUUAUUAAUGGGCUUCGAAGAAUUUGCAACCUAAUUAAGAAAUAUUAAUAAACCCAUUAUAAAGGUAGUCUUCAUAUUAUGAAGUAAUCAACUCCAAGAAGAGGCUUUAAAGCUGAUCUCAGCCAGAUUAAACAGAGUUUUACCCAGAGUUCCAUAUGAACAAUAAAACAACACACUAUUGUGAGAAAGUGGCUUAUAUCACUAACCACCAGCAGACGGUGGUUCCACUGGAUGAUGCAGUGGAAGAGUUCUCUGUCGCACCUUUGUAGAGGGGUGACCGAUAACAGUGUGUAACAAGGGAAGAGAAGAAAGAAAAAAAAACACCCUAAGAGAAAAGAAAAGUCUUUCUUAAGUUCCUUUUUGAGAUUGUUUGUUAGUCCUUUGUUUGAGUCUUUUUCCCGCCUUUUUUCUGCAUUCCACUUUUUAAGGCCUUAUUUUACAGGAAGUUCAAAUUUUACUUAAUCACUCAUUUAAUCCCCUAUAUGAUUAAAAAUAACAACA